AUGCCCGAGUGCGUCAUCCUAGCUGAAGCGGAGCGUUUAUGGGAUUUCUGCCCCAGCUAUGGAGCGGCAAUCACAUUCUUGAUCAUCUACUCUGCCUCGACGCUAGUCCACGGGAUUCAGGGGAUCAUAUACAGGAAGCCCUUCACCAUCGUCCUCAUCAUGGGUGGCAUCUGGGAACUAUCAGGGUUCGCGCUGCGCGUAAGCGCGAUCCUGAAUCCCUACUCAGGCGCCUUUCACAGCAGCAUGGGAAUCCUUAUUCUGCUAGCACCCCUCUGGAUCAACGCAUUCGUGUACAUGGCGCUCGGGCGGCUGAUCCACUUCACUCUCGUGCACGACAAAAUCCUCCGCCUGCGCGCCCGCCAUCUGACGGUCAUGUUCGUCGCAUUCGACAUCACAGCGUUCAUAAUGCAGGCGUCAGGGGGCAUCCUAGCCGCGAAGAGCGACAAUCGCUCGACGAAAAUCGCCGGCUACAACCUCUACAGCGCGGGCGUCGGCAUCCAGAUGGGCUUCAUCCUGUGGUUCGUCGCGCUGGUGCUCAGAUUCCACUUCAAGCUGCGUAGACCCGACACCUACGAGCUGUCCGGCGACGGCCGCGCUGCGCUCCCCGCCGUCAAACGUAUCAUCUACGCUCUGUAUGCUGUACUGGUCCUCAUCCUGUACCGCAACUCGUGGCGCCUCGCCGAGUAUGCGACGGGCGUGGAUUCGGCGCUGCGUCUUCACGAGUGGUGGUUCUACGUGUUCGAUGCUCUGCCCAUGGCCGGGGCACUGACGUUGCUGAAUAUCUUCAACCCAAUCAGUGUUCUACGAGGUCCGCGAGGGGAGUUUUCUGGUGGCAAGAAACUCCCGCCACAGGGGACGGGUAGACGGCGCAGAAAGAGAGCCGAUGCACAUGAGUACACGGAAGCACAGGAUUCGGAAAGCUUGCCACUUAGCUCGCGGAGCCUGCCAGGGGCGAGGCAGAGCGCUGAAGACCGAACAGGAGGUUAUCAUUAA